CAACACUCCUCACAUUUCUCACUCCCUUUUCUCCAACACUUCCGUAUCAUAUGCCCGUACUACCCUCUAAAAUGACACCAAUUAACACUUUUGCCACUCUCUCUCUCUUCUUUCUCUCUCUACACCUCACCACCACCCCUUCCUCCGCUGCUCUCGUAAAACAACAGCCUCUCACACUCAAAUACCACAACGGCCCUCUUUUAAAGGGGAAGUUCUCCGUUAAUUUAAUCUGGUAUGGCAAGUUCACUCCAGCUCAACGCUCUAUCAUUGUCGAUUUUAUUCAGUCGUUAACUUCUGUGCGCGCACCACACCCGUCGGUUGCGUCGUGGUGGAGAACUACGGAGAAGUACAAGGGAGGAGGAGCCUCUACCCUCGUAGUAGGAAAUCAAAUCCUACAUGAAAGCUACCCUUUCGGAAAAAAGCUUAAGAACUCGCAUAUUAUUGGGCUGGCAUCAAAGCCCAAUAACAAGAUUGAUUCGAUUGAUGUUAUUCUCACGGCCCAAGAUGUGGUUGUUGAGGGGUUUUGUAUGAGGUGUGGGUCCCAUGGAUCAUCGGGUCAGGCUAAACGGGCUUAUGUUUGGGUUGGGAACUCGGCGACCCAGUGUCCGGGUCAAUGUGCUUGGCCUUUCUAUCAGCCCAUGUAUGGCCCACAGACCCCACCCUUGGUGGCCCCAAAUGGGGAUGUUGGUGUUGAUGGGAUGAUUAUUAAUUUGGCUACGCUGUUGGCGGGCACUGUGACGAACCCGUUCUCGAACGGGUACUUCCAAGGCCCGUCAACAGCCCCGCUCGAGGCGGUAAGCGCCUGUACCGGGAUAUUCGGUGCAGGCGCUUACCCCGGGUAUCCAGGGACGGUAUCCGUGGAUAAAGUUACCGGAGCAAGUUAUAAUGCAAAUGGGGUUAAUGGGAGGAAGUAUUUGCUUCCGGCGAUGUGGGAUCCCCAAAGCUCUGCUUGUUCAACUCUUAUUUGAUUCUACCUUAGUGGGGUGUAAAAGAACAUGAAGUGUGUUGUGAAAAGGAUAUUAAAAAGUUAGGGGUGAAAAUGGUAAAAGAAUGUAAAACUACUUGAAAAAUGAAGACGUUUGUAGAUAUUUCGGGUUAUUUUUACAGUAAGUGUUUUUUUAUUUUUUUUUUUAAUUUAGUGAGAUAAUCUGAUCUACUUUGGCAUUUGGGGUGUAGUUUGUCGAAUUGUAUUAAAUGUAUAUUUGGUUCUGGGUAAAGUGAACAAGUUGAAUGAUGAAAAAGUUAAAGAUUGUGCUUUGUUUAUCUUGAAGAUUUUUAUUUGUAUGGAACUAUGGAAAAAAUGAUGGA